GUCGUGUUGCUGUGCGUCACCAGGGAACGGACAGGCGGUCGACAUGACUUAGUGCCACUAAGACAUGUCUCAGUGGAAGCGAAGGGACGGGGAGUUAGAGUGUAGGCUUUCGCGGAACCCUGGGCGUCCCAUUGCUGUAGAUGCGCUAGCGUAGGGGCUUUGGGCACCAUUGCUUAGCGUAGGCGCGUAUACUCCUACCCGUAAGGACACGUCGGUUUGCUGAUGGCAACAGUGUUAGUUUACCCGUGGGUGCUGGGGCGAGUUUUUGGUAGCCCUAGUGUUCGGCGCUGAGUGUUGAAGCUCUUAGUUCGUUGACUUAGCGCGCGUAGAUGUCUCAAAACUGUUCGGGGGUGCCGACCCCUAGCUUCACCACACCGUGUGAUGCCAAACGCUAGCUUCACCACACCGUGUGAUGCCUAACGCUAGCUUCACCGCAGCGUUUGAUACCUUCAAGCCUGGGCAAUCGCGAGUUGAAGUACUCAGAUAAUCUCAAAUGAUUAUGGGCGCAAAGUGCAAUGCAACGGGUAGGCUCAUAACCGCCGUCCGCACAUUUUAGCCAGCAUUCGAAUUUUACGCUCCACGAAAACGGAUAGGCGAAUAUCCGCCGUAGAUUUUAGGCUGCAGAUAGGGCAUCAACUAUCGUGCUCGAGUCUAACUUCGAAGAGCAGUUUCGCUAAGCCGUUAGGAUUAGAAUCACUUCGCUGUAGCUAUUUUUUAGGCGCCUCAAAAAUAGCUUGUCACGCCUCAAGCAUCGAACGAAUUAGACAUCCUUAGAGCAAGCUGGUGAAGUCUGGCUAGAGGAUCUCUAAUUUACUGGUUUAAAGACUCUAGCCUUUGGGCGGACCUGUGUAAUCGGCGCGCUUCGCAGCAUCAUACAUUACGGUCUCAACUAAACAAUGGCGAUAGAUGCAGUGUUCCGCUCGCCACUCUCCGUCUCGCCAUACAGCAAGAGGACUGCCGAUAGUAGUAGUGGUUGUCGUAUGGAUAGCAGCGGCAGCUUAUACUCGCGCAGUGUCCUUGUAGCGAAACUGCUUAUAACGGGUGAGAAUGACGAGGGGAGGAGCUUCAGGAGGCGCGGGGAAGGCGUGGCGCGGAGCAGGAAGUGCAGAGUCUUUCACGGCUUGGCGCCGCUUGCCCUCGUUAUAGUCGUCUCGAUGAGCUUUGUAGUGCCCGCUGCUCCACUCGCGCUGAAACAGAACCCACGCGUGUGUGACUAUGCGACGGGGAGCUGGGUACCCGCUCCGAUGGGGUUCCCUCGUUACAGCGGCGUCAAUUCGACGAGGCGCUACCAGUGCAAAUACAUGCGCGCGCUUUGGAAUUGCGACGGCACGGGCAGACCGGAUUAUAUCUACCGCUCGUACCGCUGGCAGCCGCAGGGGUGUAAUCUCACCUACAUCAACCCGUGGGGAUUCCUGCGACUCAUGCGAAACAAGAAACUUUUGAUGGUGGGGGAUUCGAUCAUGGGAAACAUGUACGAGUCGCUGCUGUGCCUGAUCACCUCUGGACCCUUCAGGCAUAAGAAAGUAAGCUACCGCACUCCCAGCGGAGCUCGUUUCCGCGGGUUCUCCUUCCCGGGCUUUCACUUUGAGAUUCACUACUACUUCCUGCCGCACCUCAUGCGCUCCUCUAAAGGCUAUAACGAGGAUGGCAAGAAGGGCAACCACGGGUAUCAAAUCGAUGUGGAUAUUAUCGACCCCGAUCUGCUGCACGUCAUUCCUGCUUAUAACGGGAUUAUUUUCCACUCCAUGGCGUGGUGGAUGCGGAACGUUCCUGGAAGGAGCAAGGGCAACAACUACUUUCGCGGCGGGCAGGCGGUGGAAAUUUCUGACACGGACGCGUACCGUGAGGCCAUGCACAACCUUGGGCAGCACCUGAAAAACAUCGACUACCCGGGCGUGCCGUAUUUCGUCUCCGCAUCUCCAAAACAUUACGACCCGCCCCGGAAUUCCACGAAGCUCGGUGCUUGUGGUGCCACAUCCGUUGUUAAAGCCUCCGUUGCGCAACUAUACCCGACCACGCAGGAGACCGAAGCCUUUUACGCGAUGCAGAAGCUGUCUUUAACGGGUACAGGCAGCCCCAUGCGGCUGCUGCGCGUUACCAGACUCAGCGCUACUCGUCCCGACGGGCACCUGGGACUAUGGAGCGACGACAUUGUGAGAAACCCCGAGUUUUCGGACCUUCAGAAGCGGAUGAGCAAGUGGCCAGGGGAUUGCACCCACUGGUGCUUGCCGGGGGUCCCUGACGCCUGGGUUGAUCUGUAUUAUACUAAUGCGUUGCUCGAGCCGACUUUCUUGCAGUUGGCGAAUGCACCGUCGCCCCCGGAGGUGGCGGGAGGAGGGAAGAGGAAUGGGACGAAGGGAGGGGAGCAGAAGAAGCCAGUGCAAGGGGGAGGAGGGGGGGUGGGAGGAGGUGGGGGAGGGGGAGGAGGAGGAACAAAGAGUGGAGGAGGAGUGGGUGGAGUGGGAGGGACCGGGGGAGGAGCUGGGGUGAACAGGACAGGUGGCAAACCCCCUACCGUCAGCCCCCCUGUGGUCAAGCCACCUGUUGUCAAGCCACCUGUGGUCAAACCGCCUGUAGUCAAGCCACCUGCGGUUACACCCCCGACAGUCAACCCUCCUACAGUAAACCCACCAAUAGUCAAAUCACCAAUAGUAGAUCCGCCUACAGUCAAACCCCCUUCAGUCAAUCCUCCUGCUGUCAAGCCACCAGCAGCAAAACCGCCAGUUGUGAAACCACCGGCAGCAAAACCGCCUGUCAUAAAGCAGCCAGGUGUCAAAACCCCAGAGGCGCCAGGUGUCAUUCAGCCAGGUGUCAAAACCCCAGUGGCUCCAGGUGUCAGGCAGCCAGGUGUCAAAACCCCAGUGGCUCCAGGUGUCAAGCAGCCAGGUGUCAAGCAGCCAGGUGUAAAGCAGCCAGGUGUCAAAACCCCAGUGGCGCCAGGUGUCAUUCAGCCAGGUGUCAAAACCCCAGUGGCUCCAGGUGUCAACCAGCCAGGUGUCACGCCACCAUUGGUCCGCCCUCCUGCCACUUCCCCUGCUCCAAAAACACCUGUCAGGGCACCUGUUGGUCAGAAAACACCUGGGGCAGCACCUGCUGCUCCAAAGCCUCCGUUGAAAGCACCUGCAGGUGGAAACCCGCCGCAGAUUGUAGCACCUGGUGGCGUAACCUCUCCGGGUGUAGUGCGAUCUCCAGGAGGGAAAAUAGGUGUUGUAGGAAGGUGGGGGCGAGGAGCAGGCGGAACAGGAGCAGUAGGAGCAGCAGGAGGAGCAAGUGGGGAAGGAAGAGGAUCGAGAGUAGGACAAGUGACAAAUAAUAGCACCAAGACCAGCGUGGCAAAUACUCCUUGGUCAAUUUACACGAGAUACUCGUAGUGGAAUAGUUGGCUAGAAGGUAAAAUCAUUAAAAUAAGGAAUGCGCCACAGCCAUUUAGCUAGUAAUAAUUAUGUAAUGACAUU